AGCACGCUGGUAGCGACAGCGACUAGCGACGAUGUUUAUGCGCUUACUAGUUGACUGAUAAACGUUUCCCGUUAAAUCAUAAUGAAUCAAAAGGAAGCGAAGAGCUGUUAUCUAAUAAGCGUUGAUAAGACACUACAGUCAGUGUAUUUGCCCCAUAAAAAAUCGAUCACCUUGGGUCGUUGCCCUGAGACUGGGAUUACGAACACGCAAUGUUCCAAAGAACAAGUGUUAUUGUAUGCAGAUUAUCAGAAAUAUACGGUUACGGUUCUACAGUUGGGAAAACAGUCGUGUGGCUUCAAUGGUUUUAAAACAGUUAAAGAAAAUAAAUAUGUAGGCAAACAUGAUUACCGUUUGGAGAUGUUGUAUGGAAAGUAUGCUUAUCACAUUGAAUUUAACCCACCACCUCCGAAAACUAUCGUAGAGAAAAGGAUGAGGGAGUCGGAUGAAAGUGAAGUAAAAGUUCAGAGUAAAAUGGCAAAAUUUGAUGCCAACGAUGCAGGGACCAGCCAUAAAGAAGCAGAAACCACGAGAAACUCGCAGGGUAUCCUAAAAUAUAUGCUCAGCAAAGAAACUUGUAAAGACAUAGACGUGAAGGAAAAAAGCACAUGGGAAAGCAUAGAAAGUGGAUCGUUGUUAAUAUAUACAACCAAAGACGUAGAAGCCCGUUCGAAAAUAGCAGCAUACGACCUGGAUAGUACUCUAAUAAAACCGAAAAGUGGAUUAGUUUUUCCGAAGAAUCCUGACGACUGGCAAUUAAUAUAUCCUACUGUGCCAGGCAAAUUGAAACAGCUUCAUAGUGAUGGUUAUAAAAUAGUGAUUUUCACCAACCAAGCGUCCAUCGGUUCCGGUAGACUGAAUGCCAAACAUUUCUUGUAUAAGAUUAAAAAUAUAACGCAACGAAUUGGCGUACCAAUGCAAAUUUUUGUGGCCACGACGUAUAACAAGUACAGAAAACCAAUGAUCGGGAUGUGGCAGAGGUUGGAGCAAAAGAACGAUUCUGUGCCCAUCGAUAAAGAUAAUUCGUUCUACAUCGGGGACUCAGCUGGCCGAGCAGCGAAUUGGGCUCCUGGGAAAAAGAAGGAUCAUUCGUCGGCUGACCGAUUACUUGCGCUUAAUUUAAGCUUGAAAUUUCAGACUCCAGAAGAGCAUUUCCUAGGACACAAACCGGCUCCUUUUAUUUUGCCCGUAUUUAAUCCGCGACAGUUAUCAAAUACGGACGUAUGCCCAGGAACCAGUAUAAAUUCAAGUAGUCAAGAGAUCGUCUUAAUGGUUGGAUGCCCAGGUUCGGGUAAGUCAUAUUUUGUGAAGAAUUACUUAAAAGAUUAUGGAUACGUUAACAGAGACACACUUGGAAGUUGGCAAAAGUGCAUUGCUGCGAUGGAAAACCAUAUAACGCAAAAGAUCAGCGUAGUUAUCGAUAAUACAAAUCCUGAUCGUUCGUCGAGGAAGAGAUACAUUGAAAUUGGAACGAAAUACAACGUACCCAUAAGAUGUUUUGUUAUGUCGACGACUAUCGAGCAUGCAAAACAUAACAACAAGUUUCGGGAAUUAACUGAUCCUACUCAUGCUAAAGUUACAGACGUGAUAAUCGAUACCUAUAUGAAAAGCUAUGAACAACCGUGCUUAACAGAAGGUUUCACGGAAAUAGUCAAUGUGAACUUUGUUCCACAAUUUCAGAAGGAAGAACAUCGACAAAUAUACGAAAUGUAUUUGCUCGAGAAAUAAUAAACAUUCCUUGAGCUUAGUUUAAUACAUAUUAAAUUUGAAUAGAUGUACAUAGCACAUAUACCUGUAUUUUCAUAAAAGAGAUCUGGACAUUAAUCUUUUAUAUUUAUUUAUUUAAAUGUAAUUUAGAUUUUCAAUAAACUAACGCUGAUGUAA